AAACUCCAAGAACAGCGAGAGCACAAAUUCAAAAAAAGAAGCUUUAUUUUAUUUUUGAAAACAAAUCCCCCCUACCCCCCAAUCACUUUUCCCUCUUCUCAUCUCACUCCCAACGAUCAAAUGCGAUUCACUGAACCCUAACGCACACAACUUCACUCUUUGCUCCUCCAAAUCUCUCUCCAAUGCAGGAUUUCAUAGGCUCCGUUCGCCGAUCUCUGGUUUUCAAGCAGUCCGGAGACUUUGAUACCGGCGCUGGCGGUGUCGGCAGUGGAUUCGGAGGCUUCGUUGAGAAACUAGGUUCGAGCAUUCGCAAAUCGAGUAUUGGAAUCUUCUCGAAAGCUCAUGUUCCUGCCCUUCCGUCUAUCUCUAAAGCUGAGCUGCCCGCGAAGGCUCGGAAAGAUGAUACUCCGCCAAUCCGGUGGAGAAAAGGUGAAAUGAUUGGAUGUGGUGCUUUUGGUAGGGUUUAUAUGGGGAUGAAUGUUGAUUCCGGAGAGUUACUCGCUAUAAAGGAGGUUUCGAUUGCGAUGAAUGGUGCUUCAAGAGAGCGAGCACAAGCUCAUGUUAGAGAGCUUGAGGAAGAAGUGAAUCUAUUGAAGAAUCUCUCCCAUUCCAACAUAGUGAGAUAUUUGGGAACUGCAAGAGAGGCAGGAUCAUUAAAUAUAUUGUUGGAAUUUGUUCCUGGUGGCUCAAUCUCGUCACUUUUGGGAAAAUUUGGAUCCUUCCCUGAAUCUGUUAUAAGAAUGUACACCAAGCAAUUGUUAUUAGGGUUGGAAUACUUGCAUAAGAAUGGAAUUAUGCACAGAGAUAUUAAGGGAGCAAACAUACUUGUUGACAAUAAAGGUUGCAUUAAACUUGCUGAUUUCGGUGCAUCCAAGAAGGUUGUUGAAUUGGCUACUAUGACUGGUGCCAAGUCAAUGAAGGGUACUCCAUACUGGAUGGCUCCCGAAGUCAUUCUGCAGACUGGCCAUAGCUUCUCUGCUGACAUAUGGAGUGUCGGAUGCACUAUUAUCGAAAUGGCUACUGGAAAACCUCCUUGGAGCCAGCAGUAUCAGGAGGUUGCUGCUCUCUUCCAUAUAGGGACAACCAAAUCCCAUCCUCCCAUCCCAGAGCAUCUUUCUGCUGAAGCAAAGGACUUCCUAUUAAAAUGUUUGCAGAAGGAACCGCACCUGAGGCAUUCUGCAUCAAAUUUGCUUCAGCAUCCAUUUGUUACAGGAGAACAUCAGGAAGCUCGCCCUUUUCUUCGCUCAUCCUUUAUGGGAAACCCCGAAAACAUGGCAGCACAAAGGAUGGAUGUUAGGACCUCAAUCAUUCCUGAUAUGAGAGCUUCCUGCAAUGGUUUGAAAGAUGUUUGUGGUGUUAGCACUGUGAGGUGCUCCACUGUAUAUCCCGAGAAUUCCUUAGGGAAAGAGUCACUCUGGAAACUAGGAAACUCUGAUGAUGACAUGUGCCAGAUGGAUAAUGAUGAUUUUAUGUUUGGUGCAUCUGUGAAAUGCAGUUCAGAUUUGCAUUCUCCUGCUAAUUAUAAGAGUUUUAACCCUAUGUGUGAACCUGAUAAUGAUUGGCCAUGCAAAUUUGAUGAAAGUCCCGAGUUGACGAAAAGUCAAGCAAACCUGCAAUAUGGUCAAGCAACUAUUAAGCCCACUAAUAGUCCCAUCAUGUCCAACAAGGAGGAUCUUGCUUUCACAUUUCCAAGUGGGCAAUCUGCAGCCGAGGAUGAUGAUGAAUUGACUGAGUCUAAAAUUAGGGCAUUCCUUGAUGAAAAGGCAAUGGACUUGAAGAAGCUGCAAACACCACUAUAUGAAGGAUUCUACAAUUCCUUGAAUGUUUCCAGCACACCGAGUCCUGUUGGCAUUGGGAACAAGGAAAAUGUUCCAAGUAACAUAAACUUACCACCAAAAAGCAGGUCACCAAAACGUAUGCUUAGCAGAAGGCUCUCUACUGCCAUUGAAGGUGCUUGUGCUCCCAGCCCAGUGACUCAUUCCAAGCGAAUAUCAAAUAUUGGUGGCCUAAAUGUUGAAGCUAUUCAGGAAGCUCAGUUGCCGAGGCAUAAUGAAUGGAAAGAUCUUCUUGGUUCUCAACGUGAAGCAGUUAAUUCAAGCUUCUCUGAGAGGCAAAGAAGGUGGAAAGAAGAGCUUGAUGAAGAGUUGCAAAGGAAACGAGAAAUUAUGCGUCAGGCAGUCAACUUAUCACCACCAAAGGAUCCAAUUCUAAAUCGAUGUAGAAGUAAAUCAAGGUUUGCAUCUCCUGGAAGAUAAAUGUAUGUACUUGUGUCCCUAAACUAAAGUCAGUUUGAAGAAUAUAAUUAAUGAUCCUGCAACCCCAGAACAGAGAGUUAGAUGUCUUGGGCAGGUAUACGAACGUGAGGUUUUCUUGACCCGUUACUACAGGAAUAUCAGCGCCUGUCAGAUAGAGUGAGCUGUUACUACAGGAAUAUCUGUCAACCUGUUAAUCAUAUUAUAAAAUGUCAAUAAUUUGCGUUAUAUUCAUUUUGAUCAUUCUCCUGAGAGCAUUGCAAGAAAAAUGCAGGCCUUUUUAUAACCUCUAUAAGUGCUCUCUCAUGGUAGUUGCCAAUAUUAAAACGCAGAGAAAAGUUGAGUUCUCAUCUGCUGAAUUGUUUGUAAAAUGUGAUAUAUUAAUGUAUUUAGCGUCUUACAACCUAUAAAUUUGCAUCC